AUGAGUACAGGAACCUCCAGCAACCUCACAUUAGUCCGCAGUUUGAGGUUUCCGCCCAUCUAUUUACGGAGAGGAAGGGGCGUUGACCUAGGAUCCCCUGCAGGUGGAUGGCGGCUGGUGGACCAUGGAGUGGCCGCAGGGUGGCGCUAUGAGCCACCGCCCCUGGCGCUGGGGGUUUUGAAUUUGUCCUUCUGUGAUAUCUUGUUUGUACUGCUGGGUUCUCUUUUGGACGCGAGAUUUCUGCCACUUGAAGAGGAUACAGAUUUUAUCAAUGAGUACGUGAACCUCCACAAUGAGCUCCGGAGCCAAGUCUCACCCCCAGGGUCUAACUUACGCUUCAUGACAUGGGAUGUAGCUUUGUCACGGACUGCUAGAGCAUGGGGGAAAAGAUGUUUGCAGUCAACUAAUGUUUAUUUGAGAGAUCUACAUAUGGCCCAUCCUAAGUAUAAUGGUAUUGGUGAAAAUAUCUGGGUUGGCCCAGAAAAUGAAUUCACUGCAACUGUUGCUAUCAGAAGUUGGUUUGCAGAAAAGAGAAACUAUCAUUAUGAAAAUGAUAGUUGCAUUACUGUCUGUUCUCAUUAUUUACAGCUUGUCUGGGACAACUCUUAUAAAGUUGGUUGUGCUGUUACUCCAUGUCCAAGACUUGGAUAUAUUAAACAUGCUGCAGUUUUUAUUUGCAACUAUGCACCAGGAGGAAAUCUGCAGAGAAGACCUUACAGAAGUGGGGCUGUAUGUACUUCAUGUGGCAGCACUGACAGAUGCACAGAUUAUUUAUGCAGUAAUGCAGACCGUGAUGAAAUCCAAUAUUACAGAUUUUGGUAUCCACGAUGGGAAGUGCCGCGGCCACUUGUGUGUGAUCCAAUAUGUAUACUUGUUUUUCUGUUGAGACUAAUAAGUUUUAUACUAAGUAUAAUUCUAGUUCUUGUAAUACAGUACUACUUUCCAAAUAUCUUAUUGGAAGAACAGCUGAUGGUUUUCUUUGAUGAAUUGGAAGAAAGAAACCUAAAUAAAGAGGAAAAUAGACCUGCUGAGGUGAAGAAAAUGGAGGAGGAGCAGGUGCCCAAGAAGGAGGAGACGGAGGAGGAGGAGGAUUACUUGUGA